GAACCGCUGGCGGGACAGUUGGGCAAGGAGCGGCAGUUCGCCAGGGCCACCAUGAGCUCCGCAACCAUCCAGCAGCGCAAGGCGGCGCUCCGGAAGCAGGUGGCCGCCGCCGUCGACGCACUCACCGACGCCGAGAUCCAACGCCAGUCCCGCAUCAUCACCGACAAGGUCCUGAAGCAUCCAGCAUAUCAAAAAGCAAACUCUGUUUCAAUAUACCUAAGUUUUGAUAAGGAAGUGCAAACAGGAACUUUAGUUGAAGACAUACUCAAGAAUGGAAAGACAUGUUACAUACCCAGAUUUCAGAAAGGUAUUCCUGAAAUGGAGAUGAUUAUACUUCGCUCACUACAAGACUACAACAGUCUACCAGUAAAUAAAUGGAACAUAAAACAGCCCUCACCUGAUGACCAAAGAGAGAGUGUUUUUGAUAAUGGUACUUUGGACUUAGUUCUGGCUCCUGGGCAGGCGUUCACCAAAGAUGGAGUCAGAUUAGGAAGAGGAAAAGGCUAUUAUGAUAAGUUUUUAGCCAAGUGUUUCAAGAAACUGGAGAAACGCCCUACAAUAUUAGGACUAGCAUUUAAAGAACAAAUUGUACCUGAAAUUCCACAGACUGAGACUGAUGUUGUUCUCGAUGAAGUUCUCUUUGAAGACAAAUGAUAUUUUCUGUCUCAACAGUACUUUUCUGCUCUUAGAAGGAAGAUGUAGAAUAAUGUGAUUCAACUAAUGUUUCCAUACUGCAAUAAACACAUAUUUUAUUAUUUUUCCAAAGAAAA